CACAAAUCCAGAACAUUCCGACUACUCUCUCCCUGAGCUCCGGCCAUGGCGAUUCGUCUCGCGAGGUCAUUGACUGCGUCACGGCCGUCCCGUGGAAAUCGCUGCUCAGCGUCAGUUAUCACUUCAUCUGCGAUUAACGGCGGCGAGUUUUCUGAUUUCCGUAGAGCUUUCGCCUUUUAUUCGUCUUCGUCUUCUUGGUGGUCGUCUCCCGAUGAUUUGACGACGGGAUCGAAGAAGAGAGAGAAGAAUACUACAGACCGUUUCUCUGCCGUGAUUGACGCAGUCCAUGACCGGAAACUCCCGCCGGAGCUACGUGGUAGACGCGAUUUCGUAAGGUCAAUUUCACUGUUUCCACGGUUUUGCGGUGGAGUUUUUGCAAGGCAAUUCAGCUCAGAGACUAAGCGAGUUAACACCAAAGUCAAUUAUUCUAUGUCUGAUGAUGAUGAUGACUCAGAUGAGGAAACUCCGGUGACUGAAGAUUCUGGAAAGCCACCUCCUCCUUAUGACCCUUUUAGCAAGAAACCUGCAAUUGAGGAACCAGAGGAUCCUAAGAAUCUCCAAGAAAUAUUCCAUAAGAUGAAAACAGAGGGUUUUACGAAUGAAGCUGUGAAAAUGUUCGAUGCAUUGUCGAAAGACGGCCGCACACAUGAGGCGCUAGAGCUCUUCUCUCAGAUUAAAGAUAAAAAUCAAAUGCCAGACGUGGUGGCUCAUACUGCUAUCGUUGAGGCUUAUGCUAAUGCAGGCCAGGCCAAGGAGGCUCUUAAGGUUUUUAUGCGUAUGCUUGCCUGUGGCGUUUCGCCUAAUGCCUACACAUAUACUGUUUUGAUCAGAGGGCUUGCAGCGGAUGGUAGAACGCUAAAGGAUGCGAAGAAGUACUUGUUAGAAAUGAUGGGAAAUAGCAUGAGCCCUAAUGCUGCCACUUACACUGCAGUGUUUGAAGCUUUUGUAAAAGAGGAAAAAGAGGAAUCAGCUAGAGAAUUGUUGCAAGAAAUGAAGGGAAAGGGUUUUGUGCCUGAUGAGAAAGCUGUGAGAGAGGCUCUUCAAUCUAAAAGAGGCCAAGUUUUUAGGACUGUCAUCAACCUUUUAUUUGAUAAGUCAGAGACUGAUAUAAUCAACGUGGUCGAGCAAAGGAUAUGGCAUUCAAUGGAAGAAGGCCACUUUGAGAACUUACCUGGUAAAGGCAAACCCUUGAACCUCCACACAAAUCCUCACGCAGACCCAGCGGAGGAUACAUUGUAUCGUAUUCUUAACAAGAACGGGUUUGCUCCCGAAUGGGUGGAGCUCAACAAAGAGAUAAGAAACAGAGCAAAAGAAUGGAGAGUUGCACUGAAGAAAACAUGGACUAUGAAAUUCGAGGAAGACCAAUCGGGUUGGGAAGAGAGAUCAGAUUUGCUGAAAAAAGAAUUGAAACAAAUCAACAACAUGGUUUUCAGGCCAAAAGAUUCAAGCCACAAGAGAUCCUACACUUCUUGUGUGUCUACCUUUGACUCACAACACAAAAGUAGCAAACAAUAUGAAUUGGGCAAGCACAACUUCAGUCCGAGCCGGCCUGGUUACGACUUGGGUUUGAGCCGAUCUGGUGUCAUCCGCCCAAGACUCUCGGCGAUGACCGGCUCAGAAUCCAAUGAAUUCGGGUAUGACGAAUCCCAAUUCGACCCAUCCCUCACGAAUGACGACUUGAAACCGACAACACCUAGCCAAAGAACGUUUUCAUGGUUGGACAUGUCAAGUUUAUGGAUCGGUCUCGUAGUUGGUGUGCCUACUUACUACCUCGCCGGGAGCCUAGUGGAUCUUGGCAUGGCGUGGUGGCAAGGGAUAGCCACAGUGGUUGCUGCCAACCUAAUACUGCUUGUACCGCUGGUCCUAACCGCUCAGCCUGGCACUCUGUACGGAAUAUCCUUCCCUGUCCUUGCUAGAUCAUCCUUUGGUAUCCGUGGAGCUCACAUCCCGACUCUACUCAGAGCAUUAGUCGGUUGCGGAUGGUACGGUAUCGAGACAUGGAUCGGAGGAGAAGCCAUCUUCUUGCUCUUACCGGCUCACAUUAAGAACUCUGCUUUGUCUCAUUCACUACCCUGGCUCGGCACUUCUCCGCUUGAGUUCUCUUGUUUCAUCGUCUUCUGGUUGGCUCAGGUUUGUAUUGUCUGGAGAGGAAUGGACGGAAUCAGAAAGCUAGAAAAGUACUCAGCUCCAAUUCUGAUCACUCUCACUUCCUGCCUCCUUGCCUGGUCCUAUCUCAAAGCCGGUGGAUUUGGUCACAUGCUUUCCUUGUCAUCCAAGCUAACCUCUGCUCAGUUCUGGACUCUCUUCUUCCCCUCGCUAACCGCAAACAUAAGCUUCUGGGCAACUCUAGCUUUAAACAUCCCCGAUUUUUCCCGGUUUGCGAAAUCUCAGACCGAUCAAAUCAUCGGUCAAGUCGGUCUUCCCGUUUUCAUGGGUUUGUUUACGUUCGUCGGCGUAGCUGUUACGUCCUCCACAAGUAUCAUCUUUGGAAGAGUCAUCUCCAAUCCGAUUGAGCUUCUCGGUCAAAUAGGAGGCCUUGCCACAACUCUACUCGCUAUCGUCGGAAUAUCCCUAGCCACACUCACUACAAACAUAGCUGCAAACGUGGUCGCGCCAGCAAAUGCGCUUGUCAACCUAAACCCUAAGUUUUUCACAUUCGGAAGAGGAGCCUUCUUGACCGCAGUUCUUGGAAUCGUGUUUCAGCCAUGGAGAUUGCUCAAAUCGAGCGAGAGCUUUGUGUACACAUGGCUCAUUGGUUACUCAGCGCUUCUUGGUCCAAUCGGUGGCAUAAUUCUCGUCGAUUACUACCUGAUCAAGAAGAUGAAACUGAACAUUGGAGAUUUGUACUCUUUGAGUCCCUCCGGUGAAUAUUAUUUCUCUAAGGGAUAUAAUGUCGCAGCUGUGGUUGCUUUGGUCGCCGGAAUAAUCCCAGUCGUGCCUGGUUUUCUACACAAGAUCAGAGCUUUGUCGAAGAUCUCAAAUGGGUUCGUGGUUGUGUACGACAACGCUUUGUUUUUCAGCUUCAUCAUCGCAGGAUUUGUCUAUUGGAUCAUAAUGUCUCGUCUGGGAAGGAAACAGAGCUCGUUGUCUUCUUCUUCACAGCCGCUUUUGUAAAUCUGGUCAUUUAAUUGGUUCCUCUUUGCUCAUGUCCUAAUGCACAAAUCAAAUCGUGAAGAAAUAACCGGUGACUGGAUACUUCCACAUCGCCAAGCGGGGAGAUUCUUCACAUCAAUAGUCCAGACAUGGCAUCGUGGCGCUCUUGGGUAUAAAGCUAGGAAUAAAUG